AGUCCAGGGGCGGGGUGCCGGUGCGGGAGGACUCCCUCACACCAAGCAGCCGUGUGGAUGCCCCGCCGGGCGGAGAGCCGCGGCCCGUCCCUCUGCUCGCCCGUUCCCCGCCGAGGCCGCGGUGCUCGCGUCUCCGCCCGCUUCCGGCUUGAGGAGUGGGUCGAGCCUAAUGAAGGCGGCGCCGAUUGGCUGGGAGAGACGCCCCUGCUCCCCGCCAGCCAAUAGGCGCGCGGCACACUGCGGCGCGUGUGAAGCCGGGCAGAGGCCAAAGGUGCUGUGUUUUCAGCCAUCCUCAGCCCUCCGGCAGCGCCGUGUUCCCACCUGUUGUCCUUGGGUGCCACUCUCAGGGGACGGUGUGGGCAGUAGAGCACGAUGUUCCUGGUGGGACUCUCGGGUGGGAUCGCAUCGGGGAAGAGCACGGUGGUGGCGGUGCUGCGGGAGCUGGGCUGUGCCGUGAUCGAUGCCGAUGUCAUUGCCAGGCAGGUGGUGCAGCCCCACUCCAAGGCCCAUCAGCAGAUCCUGCAGCACUUUGGCACCGAGAUCCUCCUGGAGAACGGCGAGAUAAAUCGUGAGGCUCUGGGAAACAUUAUCUUCUCCCAGCCAGAGAAACGGCGGCUGCUGAACUCCAUCACCCACCCUGAGAUCCUGAAAGAGAUGCUGAAGCAGGUCCUGAAGUACUUUGUACUCGGGAAUGUUGCCAUUUCCACAGGCUACCGCUACGUGAUCCUGGACAUCCCUCUGCUCUUCGAGACCCGUGGGCUGACCAGGUUAAUGAAAUACACAGUGCUGGUUUAUUGUCAUUCCCCCUGCUGCCCGAGGAAGGCAGAUCCCCCGUUCCCCCCCACCCCCGGCUCAGCCCCGUGCUCGCCCGGCAGUGACCCCCCCACGCAGCUGCUGCGGCUGAUGAAGAGGAGCGGGUUGAGCGCGGCCGAGGCCGAAGCUCGGAUCAGCUCCCAGCUGCCCCUGGACGAGAAGCGCAAGUGGGCGACCCACGUCAUCGACAACUCCGGGGACCGGGACAGCACGCGCCGGCAGGUCCUGCGGCUGCACACCCGCCUCGAGGAUUCCCUGGAUUUCCUCUGGGCACGGCUGGCCCUGGGCACGGCCCUCGCCGGCUUUGGAGGGCUGGUGUUCCUUCUCAUCCGGCAUUUCAUCUCUUAAUUCACCUUUCUCUUAGUCAGGGAAGGGGCCUGAAUUUCCCCGUUUGAAAAGGGCAGUGAAAGGCCGCCUCUGUUAAUGAGCUUUGCCAGCUGAAUGCAGACAGCAGCAUGAGGCGUCUCCUUGCACACUUCCCAAGGUGAAUGCAACCAGAGGUUUUUUCAGGCACGUUCUCCCUGCUCAGGUUCUCUGUGGAAUGAGACCCUUGUCCCCAUGUGGGUCUCUUCAGUGAGCUGAGGCACUUUAAUCGGGGACAAUCUCACUUUAAUCUGGGACAAUCUCACUUUAUUCGGGUAGAAUCUCGCUAAUGUCUUCCAGGACAAUAUCCCUAGGUGGGUGCCUUCUCAGGCACCUGUUAUUGCUUCCAGUGUCCCCUGGGUGAUUCCUUGUAGUUCAGCCCUCCUAAUCCAAAUUUAAACUUGGGAUUUCUCCUCUUCUGUGUUGAUUUAGUGGAAACUUGUUAAAUCGGUGAGGGGGAGGACAGCACCUCGUUCGCAUGGAGCUGGCUGCUCCUCACCCCUGUGGCCUUCACUCAUGGGUCAUCCUUAGCUUUGGCUCCAAGGGUCUGAUCCGACCUGGGCUCUCCCUUGCUCAAACUCAUUUCCUGCUGUUUGAGCUUCCUUUGGCGGCAGUUUCCCAGCGGGAGAGCCAAGCCUGGGCGAGGCGGGUGCCGGGUCUUCACUUCUGUUUUAAUAAAACACUGA